AUGGUGGUACGAGAUCAAGAUGAGAGGUCGGGGAAUUUCUAUAAGUACGUCAAGUUGUACGUUAGACAUGAUCAGCUGGAAGAUACGGUAAACGUACUGCCGAAGCAGGACGAGGGCAAAUCCAACGGUGAUGAUAGCCGUAGUCUGGCGUCGAUAUUGGAUUCGACUAGUUCCGUGAAGAGGAAGGGGAGAGGUACGAACGAGAAAUAUAUACCCUGCGUGUCUUUCAACACAGUGCCUAGGUCCGAAGCAUCUUCACCCUCAGACGAAGAGAAAAGAGAAUUUCCUGGUGUGCAACUUCCCGCAGAUUAUACAAUGGAGGAAUAUUACGACGAUGAAAGUGGCUACACAUCGGACAACAAUGUCGACUAUUUCUCCGGAAAUGGCUAUUCUGGUGGUUCUAGGCGAGAAGGAAGUAGUGCUAGCCCGGGGAGAUACUCCUCUCCACCGCCUGCUUCCAGAAGAAACAUUAAAAUAGGCAGGAUGUUUAAGAUUUCUGAAAAUGGGAAAAUAGUGAGAGAAGACUACCCUACCACGCCCACAGAUAUCAACGAUGCUCUCGUGAUUAAUAGGGCAUAUCCCAAUUGGAGACAACUAUGGAUCAAGAGGAAAACCCAGAUAGAUCAUCGGUUAGAGCAAAAGCAUGAAUUUUUCAAUUACCCCACAAUACUUUUCCCUCCAAACAGAAAGAAAUGGUCCACUGGUGCUGCUUCCACGAUCAAAUUCAAUCCUCCCUUAGAAGAUGGGUUCACGCCCUUGACCAAAUCCCAAAAGAGGAAAGAACGUGUUUUGAAUGAAACAGUUGGGUUUCCCAACACCCCUAGAACAAUACUGUGCCACAUCAGCGGCAGAAAACAUACCUGGGUGGCACUAGAUUGGGCCCUACAGACAUUGGUUCAGAAUACCGACCAUAUUGUUGUUUUGGCAAACUUGCCUCGCCUAACAAGAAAUACUUUUGAAGACAGUGAUUCGAUGAGUGAGCGAAAAAGGAGGUUGAUGAUGAUGGAUGAUAAUAGAAGUAUUAGCUCAGCGACAAGAUCGCGGUCUAGAUCGAGAUCGCAGUCCAUAUGCACAAGAAGAGCACUUUCUCUGGGACCCGAGGAGUCUGAUAACAAAUUAAGACACCAAAAUUUUAUGGAAUGGACCUCCGGUUAUACACAGAACGAGAUUGAGAGCAAAUUGCAGGAUCUUUUUGAUUACGUUACUCUCGUGAUUCCACAAGAUCGUUCCGUUAAAGUCACCGUUGAAAUACUGAUUGGUAAGACUAAAAAAACACUUUUAGAGGCCAUAAACAUCUACUUUCCAGAUUUCUUCGUCUCUAGCACCUUAAGGUGGAAGAGGACAGACAGUUUGAUCCGUUGGAAAUCAAAUUUUCUGACAGAUAAACUGUGUACUAACUUUCCCAUUCCAACGUUCAUCGUACCGGCGAAGAGAAUGUUAGAAUUGGAAAUGAAUUUACAAAGGCAAUAUGAAGAUCCGAAGGCAACAAAAGAAAAAAACAAAAGCACUUCAAAGCCUGGUUUUAGUCAUUCCAAGUCAGCAGAUGCUAAUAUCCCGACAAUAUCCAACCUUAAACAAAUUCCAGGUAAUGACUCUUCUAUGGAUUCCUUAUGUUAUUCCGCAGAUAUUAAUGGUAAUGACAAUGGUAACCAGGGAAAUCGUUCUGGUCGUGGGGCUAAUGUAUCCAAUAGUGAUCAAAACGAUGCAGUGUCUGUGAAAUCCUUGACGUCUAACAUAUCAGUAAAGGAAAAGUUAUGUACCAUGGCGAGAAAUCGUAGAAACAGUAUGGCUCAGCAGUUAAACGAUGCUGAUCAUGAUUCUUCAAUACCACCGGGGCAAAGGCACCUGAAAAAGUUGGAUAUUAUUUUGGAAUCUUCAUUAAAGUUUUCCUUAGAAAUUGAUAGCAUCAGUGAUAGUGCUGAAAAUGGUAAUACUGAUGAAAACAGGACACAAUCUAAGGAUUCAGGGUUUGAGGAAUUGAAAAGAGUCAUCACAGGCGGUGCUCCUCCAAAACAUAUGGCCACUCAAAAGAGAUCCAUGCUUGAUGUUUUGGACAAUCCAAGUUCAUCUAGAUCCAAAUCCAAAUCAAGAUCAAGUUCUAAGUCAAGAAGGAAGGACAAGUCAAAACCAAGUUCCCCCGUUGCUACUGAUAUAAACUCCAGUGCGAGUGCAUCCAGGUCACGGUCCCCACAAAUCAAGUUUGCUUCUGGUGUUAAAGAUGUAGAUGGUAAUGGCGCACUGGGAAGUGUUAAAUCUAAACCUUGGUUGGAUAACAGAGAAGAUCAGCAACAUCACCAUCACCAUCAUCGUGACACAGAUCAGUUAUCCAUUCCAGGUCUUCCCCAAUUGGUACCUUCAAAAUCAUAUAACGUGGGGUCUGGUAAUAGGGAUGCGCCUUUAAGGAAAGUCAGUAGUGCAUCUUCUCUCAGGAAAGUAAAAUCCAAUGACUCUAACUCUGUCAAAAAUAUGAAGAAACCGACCGUGACUCCAACACGCUUAAAGCCAACUUCGGGAGGUGGUGGCUUAUUUUCUUUCUUCAAAAGUAAAUCAAGAUCCCCAUCACCCUUAAGAAGCGAAAGUGAGAAUAAAAAUACAUCUAAACGUAGUGGAUUAUUUGGGUUCAGAAGGCUAUAA